GAUCGGGAUUGCUUCUCAAUGUGUGCCGGUCCGUGGCCACCAACUUCAAAGCGAUGAAAAAAUAAAUUUUUAAAAAAAUUGUGCCCUUAAAAAUGGUGAGAGGACCAAGAAAGCAUUUGAAACGGUUAGCAGCACCAAAAUCAUGGCUACUUAAGAAGAACAAGGGCGUGUUUGCACCGCGUCCCUCUACGGGACCACAUCGUCUGGAGGAGAGCAUUCCGCUAUCACUUCUACUCACGGACAAGCUUCAAUACGCACGCACGGCCAAAGAAGUGGGAAAUAUACUUAAGGAGAAGAUGAUAAAGAUAAAUGGCAGGAUAAGAACUGACAAGAGAUUCCCUGUGGGUAUAUUUGAUGUACUCUCGAUUCCCAAGACUGGCGAGCAUUACAGAUUGAUGUAUAACGUUGCUGGGCGAUUCAUUCUCCACCAAAUAGGUGAAGAGGAGAGCAAGUUCAGAUUGGCAAUAGUGAGGAAGAAGCGGCUAAGGAAGGGGAAGGUGCCGUAUCUGUACACGAAUGAUGGUGGUAGUUUCAGUUACUGCGACCAGGAUAUUGUACCCGGUGACACGGUGAAGGUGGAUUUGGAAACUGGGCGGAUAUCCGAGCAUCUCCACGUAGCUAUAGGCAACUUGGCAUUCAUCAAAAAAGGUAGAAAUAUGGGAUGUGUCGGUGUGGUGACCAACAUUGAGGAGAAAGGUAUUGGUGAUCGCAAGGUGUACUUGGUUGACAAGAAGGAGAGAGUAUUUGCAACCCGGCAAGUAAAUGUCUACGUGAUAGGGCCAGAUGGUAGUUCUUGGAUUAGUUUGCCGGAGGGUGAUGGUGUCAAGCUUUCCGUGUUUGAUGAGAGUAACAUCAGGUACGAAGGAGAAACGGUGAAGGCUGCAGAAGGCGGAUAAUAAACGUUUUUAUUUUCUAACA